AUGGCCAGCCUAAUACUCCACGAGGACCCCGUCUCAGGCAACUGUUACAAGAUUCGACUCACAGCUUCGUUGCUGUCGGUCCCUCUCGAACGCCGCUUAUACAACAUACUGAAAGGCGAGACCCGGACUCCAGAUUUCCUUGCGAAGGUGUCCCCGUAUGGCCGUAUUCCUGUGCUACAGGUAGGGGAUGCCGCAUUGCUACCCGAAAGCAAUGCGGCGUGCCACUAUAUCGCCGAAGCCUACCAGUCAUCCUGCAACUUGAUCCCUGCGGACCUUCUACAGCGAGCACAAAUGCUUCAAUGGAUGUUCUUCGAACAGAAUCAGCAUGAAGUCAACAUCGCCACUCUUCGCUUCUGGCUCUCUAUCAUCGGCGAAGACAACCUCACCGCAGGCCAGAGAAGCCAGAUCGCUGGCAAGCGCGAAGGAGGAAGAGCUGCGUUGACCUACAUGAACGAGCAUCUGGCCAAGGCCGAGGGUGGAUGGUUUGUCGGUGGAAGGCUCACGUUGGCGGACAUCUGCCUUUUCGCUUACACGCACGUCGCCGACGAAGGUGGAUUUGACCUCAACGAGUGGCCUCAUGUGCAGACCUGGUGCAAGAAGCUUGCUGCCCAUUCUGGCUUCGUUGCCAUGUGA